AUGUCUUUUAGAUCUCAAGGUACAUCUGCCUUACCUACUCUUACUUCAUCACCUGUAGGAAGUGAUACCGAGAGAAAUCAGACUAAGAUGGGUGAAUUGGAAGAAAGUAAAGAUCAAUACUCUCCAAACGAGAAUGGUUCUUCUAGACAAGAUGUUGAAAUUGAGGUAGACGAGGUCGCUCAAAAAGCGAAGAUGAGUGACUACUUUACUUUGAUCGCGAGCGGAUUUGCAUUGGUCUCGGAUGGAUAUCAAAACAAUAUCGCAACCGUUUUCAAUCCUAUUUUCAAAAUCCUCUACAAAUCAUACUAUACAAGCGCUGUGCAAACCAGAGUGUCCAACUCUCUUCUUAUAGGAGAGAUUGUGGGUCAAAUCGGUGUUGGUUUGAUCUGUGAUAGAGUCGGUAGAAAGACAGCGAUGGUAGCUACUACGAUGCUGAUCGUCGUCGGAGGUAUCUUGUCUACCGCUUCUUCCGGUUCCACUCCUGCCGGCCUGCUUUGGAUGUUGACCGUGUCUCGGGGUAUGGUCGGUGUCGGUGUAGGAGGUGAAUAUCCAGCUUGUUCAACUAGUGCAUCUGAAUCUGCCAAUGAGAAAUUUGGUCGUGAUAGGGGAAAAGUAUUCAUCUUGGUUACCAACUUGAUGUUAUCUAUCGGUGGACCAAUCGUCAUUUCUCUAUUCUUACUCAUAAUCAACGCAGCUGGAUACAAAGGAACUACCAGUCAUGAAGAUAUCUACAAACUUCAGUAUACCUGGAGGAUCUGUAUGGGUAUUGGAGUGUUUAUUCCUUUAAGUGUAUUCUAUUUCCGACUCAAAAUGCUCAACUCUAAAUUAUACAGACGGAACGCUAUUAAGCAUUCUCCACCUUACGGAUUGAUCAUAAAGAGAUAUUGGAAAACUUUAUUGGGUACAGCAGGUACUUGGUUCUUGUACGAUUUCGUCACUUUCCCGAAUGGUAUUUUCUCGUCUACUAUUAUCAGCGGUGUCAUCCCUGGUGCUGGCCUGGUCAAGACGAUGGAAUGGACUUUACUACUCGCUGUCCUCUCUUUGCCGGGUGUCUUCCUUGGUGCUUGGGUAGUCAAGUAUACCGGUCGAAGGAAUCUCCUCAUCAUGGGAUUCUCUGGCUACAUCGUAUUCGGUCUAAUUGUAGGAUGCUCGUAUGAAAAGAUAACGAAGAUCAUUCCACUGUUCAUCAUUUUCUACGCGUUCAUGCAAAGUUCUGGGAAUUUUGGACCCGGUAACAUGGAAGGAACUAUCUCUGCUGAGUCUUAUCCUACCAGUAUCAGAGGCACAUGUUAUGGAUUCAGUGCAGCUGUAGGUAAAGCGGGCGCUGCUAUUGGUACCCAAUGCUUCACACCAAUCCAAAAUAACUUGGGAAAGAAGUACACAUUUAUCAUUGCUGCAUGUUGCGGAGCUCUCGGUGUAGCUUUAGCAUAUUUCUUCGUGGAGGACAAAGGUAUGGAUCGGUUGGAGAAAGAGGACGAAGCAUGGAGACAAUACUUGGUCGAACAUGGUAAAGGUCAUUUGACGAUGGGCGACGGAAGUGAAGGGAAAACGAAUGCUGAAGGUAAUGUGGAAAAAGGCGAGAUGAGCUUUAAAGAGUAA